AUGUCCCGCCGCAAGGCCGGCAGCACGCCCUGCCGAGUAGACCCGGUGCCCACCGUCCCCGCAGGCGACGACGUGGACGUGGAGCUGGAGAUGUCGGAGCUCAUCGUGGAUGUGAAACCCGAGCCGGACGCGCGGGUCCUGCAGGCCCUGGGGCUGGAUCGCUUCGCCUCCAAGGACGUGUCCAGGCUCGGGGGCGAGUCCGAACCCGUGUCUUCCGGGGCCGCCGUCCACCCCCUGGGCGCGCGCAGCUCGUGGGCCCUGUGGAUGCCGCUGACCCCCAACCUUUCCGACCGACAGCCCUGGACCGACAGACACCCUGAUCUGUUGACCUGCGGCCGCUGCCUGCAGACCUUCCCGUUGGAGGCCAUCAUUGCCUUCAUGAAUCACAAGAAAGUAGGCUGUCAGGUCACACAAGGGCCCAGUCCCGACCAGGUCUCAGAGCCAAAGGAGCUGAAGGUCCUGAGCUGCCUCCGAUGCGGCAGACAGUUCCUGGGGGCCUGGAAGCUGCUGCGUCACGCCCAGUGGGACCAUGGGCUGUCCAUCUACCAGACGGAAUCGGAGGCCCCGGAGGCGCCGCUGCUCGGCCUGGCUGAGGUGGCGGCCGCUGUGUCUGCCGUGGCCGGGCCAGCAGAGGACAAGGCCUUGGGUGCGGCCGGCGCUGCUGCCCGGAGGAGCCCCACCUGCCCGGUGUGCAGGAAGACGCUGAGCUCCUUCAGCAACCUCAAGGUCCACAUGCGCUCGCACACGGGCGAGCGGCCCUACGCCUGCGACCAGUGUCCCUACGCGUGCGCCCAGAGCAGCAAGCUCAACCGGCAUAAGAAGACCCACCGGCAGCCCAGGCCCCAGAGCCCCUGCACGUCCGACAGCAGUACCGAGCAGAGGUCCGCGGCAGCUCCUCCAGAGCCCGCUGCCCACGCGGCUGCCCCGUCCACUACCCUUCCUUGCAGGGGUGCCGAGGGGGCCGGAGCAGCUGCUACAGCGGGGAUCCAGGAACCAGGGGCUCCUGGCAGUGGAGCCCAAGCAGGCCCUGGUGUAAAUGGCUGGGGAGCCGUGGCCAGUGUACAGAGGACUGACCCUGCCCAGAGCCAGCAGUUGUCUUCAUCGCCCAAGAAGAUGGUGGGCAAAAGCCGUGGGCCGGGGGGCAGCUGCGAGUUCUGUGGGAAGCACUUCACCAACAGUAGCAAUCUGACUGUCCAUCGGCGCUCACACACGGGCGAGCGGCCCUACGCCUGCGACCAGUGUCCCUACACCUGCGCCCAGAGCAGCAAGCUCAACCGCCACCGGCGCAUGCACGGGCCGCCUGGCAGCACCCGCUAUGAGUGCCCACACUGCUGCGUGCCCUUUGGCCUGCGGGCCACCCUGGACAAGCACCUGCGGCAGAAGCAUCCAGAGGUGGUCUGA